AUGUCUAAGUUGGGAGGACAGGCAGUUUCGAUACCUCCAGACUGUCUGGAUAUCCUGAAUGACGAGCAAGUACAGUUCGUCCGUAUUGUUUGGGUGGACUUCGUCAAUUUCGUGCGCUACCGUGUCGUCCCAAUUAGGCAUUUUCGGAAACUGGUUUCUGAAACUUCUUCACCCGCCACAACCAAUGGACACUCGACCCCUCGCCAGGUCAAUUCGAACAAGGAGCACGGACAUCUAGUGGAAUACAAUCCUCAUGGAGGCAUCCAGCUUACAAAGGCGUCCUUUGGUCUUGCGUUUCUCUCGCUGGCCGAAGGGUUCGGUGCGAUAGGAGAAUAUGUUUACGUUCCUGAUCUCGCGUCUGCUCGAUUGUUGCAAUAUGCUCCCGGACAUGUGAGUGUGAUGGGAUGGCUCGAGGAGAAGGAGGUCUUUGAAAAGAAGGCAUCGUUCGAGGCGACGUUCUGUCCUCGUGCACUUCUCCGUCGAAUUGUUGAACAUGUUCGAAAGACAGAAGGUGUCGAGUUUCUCAUCGGAUUCGAAACGGAAGUCAUUUUUCUCUCUUCAGUCAACCCCAUACAAGCGGUCAAUGACUACGGAUGGUCCGAAACCUCCGCCAUUUUGGCUGGAACACCGGAGGCGAAAGCAUUAGAGGAGAUCGCUGACGCAUUUGAAUAUGCCGGAAUCGAGUUGCAAAUGUAUCAUGCUGAAGCUGCUCCUGGUCAGUAUGAGUUUGUGACUGGACCCCUUCCACCUCUCGAGGCUUGCGACGCGCUCGCUACGACGCGUGAAAUUAUUCUGAACAUUGCUGCGAAGCACGGUAUGCGCGCUACGCUUGCUCCGCGUGUUUAUAGUAAUAGCUGUGGAAGCGCAGCACAUGCGCAUAUUUCCUUAACAUCCACCUCACCCUCUUGGUCCUCUCUAACCAUACCCGUGCCGACCACCUCUCUACCAAACGUCUCGCUCACUCCUCUCCAGUCAUCCUUCCUUGCCGGAUUAAUGGCCCACCUACCAGCCGCGACGGCGCUUACCCUCCCCACACGUGCGUCAUACGACCGAAUGGUCGAUGGCGCAUGGAGCGGCGGGACGUGGGUAUGCUGGGGUAGAGAUAAUCGUGAGGCACCUGUUCGGCUUGCCGGUCGUGGUCCUCGUCCGCCCUUGGGUAAUGCAAACCAAAAUGUGGAGACAGAUUAUCACUUCGAAAUCAAGUCCGUCGACGGAACUGCCUCGCCAUACCUCGCUAUCGCCGCUCUCCUUUCCGCGGGUCUCUCGGGGGUCUACAAUCGCUCCAAACUCACCUCUGUUGGACUAUCUUCGAUAGUCGCGAGCGACUUGUCAGAGGCAGAAAGGAAAAAGUGCGGUGUAGUAAAUAGGAUGCCGUUGAGUAUCGAUGAGGCGAGGAAAGCACUUCAAGAAAAUAAAGUUUUAAGAGAUGAUUUCGGUGAAGAGUUUAUUGAGGCAUAUCUGAGUGUGAAUAAGGCGAUGGAUGAGCAGUUGAAGGCGCCGACUGCGGAGGAGGCAAGAGUAAAGCUUGUUAAGACUUAUUAA